GAGAGAGAGAGAGUGAGGGGCAGAAAAGGAAAAAAGAAAAAGGAAGAAGGAGUUAAUGUGGAGGGACAUGGGGUGGACGUGAGGGUUGAAAAGGCUCCUCUUCCUCCUCCUCCUCCUUCUUCUCCUCCUUCUUCUUCAGUCUUCGUCUGCUACCUCCUACGCGUCUGAUCCGUCGCCAACCAUCUCUCUCUCUCUCUCUCUAUAAAACCUUCUGCCUCCUGUUCUGACACGCCGCCUUCAAUCAUACCUCUCUGUGGACGCCGAACCAGUCGACGGAAGGAGUACGGAUCGAUCAGGGAAGAUGGAGAAAUCGCUGGAAUCGUCCAAGCAGAAGCGCCUCGACCGGCCGAGCUCCGCGGUGUGGGACUGCGGGAGCGCCCUCUACGACUCCUUCGAGCUCAAGUCCUUCGAGCGCCAGCUCGGCUCCGCCAUCUCCGCCCGCACCCUCUCCAUGCCCCACCUCCCCGACCGCCGCGCCCUCCCCGCUCCUCCUCUCCCGCAGCCGCAGCCGCAGCCGCGACCGGCGGCGGCGGCGAAGAAGCGGUCCGGGAUCUCGCGGUCGAUCCAGAGGCUGCUGCGGUCGGUCUUCAAGCCGAAGCCGAGCCCGACCGCGGCGUUCGGCGCCGGCGAUCGGUACUCCCGCGUCGCCGGGGAGAAAGACGGGUUCUACGUCGUGUACGACAAGUCCGGCGCGCUCACCACGAUCCCGGAGGCCCCGGAGGUGGAGUACCUCGGGAAGCUGUCGCCGGAGAUGGAUCGGUUCGUGAGGAAGACCGCGUCGGAGAGGUUCGCCCCCAGUUCCAUCGGCAUCUCCUGCGCCUGAAAACCGGGGGACACGAGUAGGUCUGUGCAUAAAAGUCGUCAGUUGUCAUUGUCAGGUUUUAGUUCUUCGCCAAAUAAUCGCAGAUCCAUAUGAUCAUUUUGUAUAGUUUUUGCUCCAUACUCGCGACAUGUCAUGAAACCACGUCCUUUCCUCUUUUGAGGGGGAGACAAGAGGUUAGAAUUUAGGAAACCUCCAUUGAUGAUACUAUAAUACUGCCAAUGCUUGAGAUGGAUUAACAACGCGUCGACAUCAUCGUAUCGCAUGAUGACACGAUGGGAUCGUUGAACAGACGAAACGGAGGAGAUCGUGCAUGGCCGGCGAAUGAUUUUUACGCGUGGUGAUCACGCACGGCGGACGGGUUCCUUAGAAUUCCGUCUUCGUUUGGAUAAGCCUCUGCCCGAAAUUGGUUUCCGGCUGGCUCGGGGUGACGUGUCUUCCUUUUUUGUCGUACACUAAGGUUUCGAGGUUGAAAAGUCCUCGCGGAAUUGACCAAACCGAAGCUUUAGGGGGUGUACGAAGCUUCAAUUCAAUGGAGGACGACGACGACUUUUACCUAA